UAUUUCAUUUGGAAUUCUUCAGGUGACUUCGAAAUUUCACUGUAUAGCGAGGAAUGGUUUCGAAAUGACGUCCGACGGUUUUUUCGUUGCCUGAAGUAAUAACAGUAUUGAAGAAUAAUUCGAAUGGGUGACAGCAUUGAACUUUCUCCGCGAUAUCGCUUCCGACCCAAUGAAGGAGUUGUUGUUCGUUUUCCUGGUGGAAAUCGAGAUGACGAACCGGCAUCCUCUCCGAUGAGUACGGCUGCAAUUCAAGGAAAUGUCCAAGCUCAGGAGUCUGAAACUGGAGAUACUGAUGAUUCACUUCUGAAAUGCUGGAUCUGUUACGCAACCGAGGAAGAUGAUGAACCUGGAACGGUUUGGAUUCAUCCAUGUCAGUGUCGUGGAUCAAUGAAGUGGGUGCAUGACAAAUGCUUGCAGAUGUACAUCGACACACGGAUUGGCCAUGAUACUUCUCGACGCGUCUUAUGUCCCCAAUGCAAGACGCCGUAUGUUCUUCUCUUCCCUCAGAUGAGCUUGCCGGUACUCUUCUUGGAUUCCGUCGAUCACAUCGUUACAAAAACAUGCCCAUACAUCGCAAUGGGAAUGUUGGCUGGUUCAUUGUAUUGGGCGGCUGUGUCGUUCGGAGCUCUGUCGCUCAUGCAAGUUUUUGGUCAAGCUGAAGCAUUGGAAAUUAUGGAGCAAGCUGAACCGAUGUCUUUGCUAAUUUGCCUACCUACCAUACCGGUAUUUCUUGUCGCGGGAAAAUUAAUCCCGUGGGAAGAAACCGUCCUGAGUGGAUUGCAAGCUGUGACAAGACGAGUUCCUGUGCUGGGUUUUUUGAUUCCGGGUUUCAGUCCGAGGCCAUUUCGUGCGAGACCAUUUUUGGACGUACCCCCGAGACAGGCUGGAAAUCAUGAAGAGAACGGUCUGCGCGCUUUGGUGAACGUCGGCGGGCAGAACGGCGCUAAUAAUGCAGUUAAUCAAAACGACGAUCAACUGUUCCGUGCGUUGCACUCCGGGCUUCGAAUAAUGUGUUCUGCGUUGCUUUUACCUGCAAUUAGCUCCGCCGUUGGGAAGGCAUUUUUCUCCAAAACGCAGUCUAAUUGGCGACGUUGCCUUUACGGGGGACUCACCUUUAUUGCCGUGAAAGGAGCCAUACGAAUUUACUACCUGCAGAACAUGCACAACAUUCGCCAGCAUAGGCGAAUCAAAAACUUCAGUGUCGAAGGUCCGCUCGCUAGUGAUGAAGCUCGAACUACUGGUGUCCAAGGGGCUUCGGGGACGACGCAUGUGGCCCAGAGACGUUUCAACCGCCGACCUACUCCUGGCCGAGGAGCUGCAGGCGGUGAAGGAAUUCCUCUUGUGUGUGGCUGUCACCAACUUGCGACAGAAGAUGCGUAUGCUUCGGAAUACUCCACGGAUGGAGACGAGGAUUCGGAUUGAAACUUGGGAUAGUUAAAAUGCCUAUUUUCUGUGCAUUUCGGGUUUUUGAGCGUGGUAAUUUAACAUGUUCGGGUGUGAGCCCUGCAUGCGAUCUGUAAGGGGCAAGAAUGUAAUUAGAAGUCGGAAUUCGUUCUUGAUUCAUCUGGAUUUAAUCUUCCACUGACGCCGCAGUGUGGAUUUAUUUUGGGGAGACCGGACUUUUGUUGCACGAACCGUCGCAGUUUUACCUUUGAAGAGUUUUACACGGUAUCGAUUGACCCGAUUUUUUUAUUUUAUUUGAUUCAGGUUUUUAGGCGUUUAUUUUUGGAUAUAGAGUAAAGCCACCAUAACAAAGAUCGCGUGCGGGUGUCGGAAACGCAAGGGAUCUUUUUUGCUGGAAAGAAUAGCUUAUUACUUUGAAUGAUGCGUGAACUGAACAGGUCUCAAGAGCGUAAAAGCUCGGGUUCGAAAUCGGUGCAGAAAUCCAAGCUGUUGCUUAUUUCCUGUCCUAGGAUUUGACCGUGGUUUUCCGAAAUUUUUUCCUUCCGGGAUGAAGGUUAAAUUAUUUGUUGCUUCGAACGCCAUCGUUCAAGAAAGUCAUUUUCUGUGCGUGUGAUUGAGAAGAAGUCAUUUGUAUCGUUA